UCCCAUCUCUUUCCAUCAACACACAGUCGAAUUGUAAAAUCCAGCAUUUACAAUUUCCUUCUUCAAAAUGGCAUCAAAGAAAGUGUUGAUUGUGUAUGCACACCAGAGCUCUGGCUCGUUCAACUCUGCAGCCAAAGACGCUGCGGUGGAAGUUUUAACUGCUAAGGGCUGCACAGUAGAAGUAUCUGACCUGUAUGCCAUGAAGUUUAAGGCCACUGCUACAGCUGAGGACAUCACUGGAAAAGUUAAGAAUGCAGAUCACUUCUGUUACGGAGAGGAGACCAAACUGGCAUGGGAGGCAGGAAAGCUUACUGCUGAUAUCACUGAAGAACAAAGCAAACUCACUGAGGCUGACCUUGUCAUUUUUCAGUUCCCCAUGUACUGGUUCACUGUUCCUGCCAUCAUGAAGGGCUGGAUGGACCGGGUGCUCACACUGGGCUUUGCCUUCACCCACGAGAAGCGCUACAGCCAGGGAAUCUUCAAGGACAAGAAGGCCAUGCUCUCCUUCACCACUGGGUCUCAGGAGUCCAUGUUCAGUGCAAAUGGCAUUAAUGGAGACAUGAAUGUCACUCUUUGGCCACUGCAGAAUGGUAUCCUGCACUACUGUGGCUUCCAGGUUCUGGCUCCUCAGAUCUUCUGGGCCCCGUCUCACGUUCCCUCUGAGGCACGUGGUACCAUGCUGGAGGGCUGGCGCACGCGCAUGCAAGGCCUCCUGGGAGAACACCCACUUGCUUUCACUCCCUUGGACUGCUUUGAUGGGGAGAAGGGUUACCAGCUGAAGCCUGAGGUCCAUGAGAAACAUGCCGCCAAGGAGUUUGGACUGACCGUGGGGAUCCACCUGGGCAAGGCCCUGCCACCCAAUAACCAGAUGAAAGCUGGAGUCUGAAGAGUGAAUGACUGUUGGUGUUUUUAUGAUGAUAAAUAAAAGCUGGUUAAUAUGUUCUGAAUUUCUGUUGAAUACUUGGUAACUGUAUUGUAGUUCAAAGGGCUGGGGUUUGCAUAUACAAUAAAUGGAGCCAAUAAAUCAAGUAAAGGACUUCUUGUACUUCUCAGCAUUGUACAUUUAUUUAUGUAACACUUUGACUCAUUCAGCUUUAAUGGCAAUGCACACAA